AUGAAGUUGAAAGAAGCAGCUGAGUUAAGGUUGGGACAAUUAAAUGAGUUGGAUGAAUUCCGUCUUGAAGCUUACGAAAGAGUUGAUCUCUAUAAAGAAAGGAUGAAGAAUUACCAUGACCAAAGAAUAGAGAAGAGAGAUUUUCAAGCUAGUGAUUGGGUGUUAUUGUUCAACUCUCAACUUAAGCUCUUUUCGAGCGAAUUGAAAUCAAGAUGGUCAGGGCCGUUCAAAGAAAGUCAAGUUUUUCCAUCAGGUAUUGUGGAACUUGAAGGUAUGGAUGGAAGUCUAUUCAAAGUUAAUGGUUAA